AUGCCUCUGGAAUCAAGCAAGCCUGGCCAGUCAUCUGGUGAAGGAGAUAAGCAUACGGUACUUGACAAAGAAAUCAAAGACUUGGUUUCCGCCGUAACUCGCCGCGUAUGCGGUAUUCAUAAACCGGGAUCGAGCCAGGGCGGAGAUGAUAAUGGUGUGAGGAUCAUCACACUUGCAGGAAACAAUGCCGGUGCAACAAUGCGAAGCGAGUUGGAUGAGAAAUCCAGCAGCCCGCAUGGGAUUUCACUUGGCGAGCCCGACACGCUCAGUACCUACGUGAACAGCAAUUUCCAAGCCGUUAACAACUCGAUCAUGCUCAGGAGCAGCUACAACACCAAUGAUCCCGGUGUCCAUUUGGACAUCUCGGAUGUCGCCGAACACGAAGGCAAGAAGUAUGCAGAUAAGCACAGGAGGGGAAAGAAAAUAGACAAGGAUUCCGCCAAAACCGAACAUUCCGAUUAA